CUAAAUAUAUCCUCUUGUGAGAACAGCAGUGAACUAUCAGUUACCUGGAUCAUAUAUGCAUGACCCUGGAACAGUUCCAGUCCAUUGUCCCAAUGGGUCAACAUUCGAUCGUAGUUGUCUUUGGAAGACCAGGAUCAGGUAAAACAUCCGUGUCUGAAAAGGCUGCUGCAUUGCACAAACAAACUGUUUCAAUAAAACCACAUACCAGCGGAGGUGUAGCUGCGAGUAACAGUGGUGGUGGAAUCACAUGUUUAGACUUGGACGUAUGUGUUCCGCAAUGGAUGAAAGACAAAUUCGCACGGGGAGUGUAUCCCACACCUGAACAGCGAAAAGAAUUUGCAAUCGAUGCUUGUGAUUAUGUCAACAAACAACUUGACGCAAUCAACUUGCGUUGCGAUGAGAAAGUCAUUAUAUCCUUCUCAUUUGUAAACACCGACCUCAGAAACAUAUUCAGGAACCAUUUCCCCACGGCAACGUGGGUGUUGAUUAAUACGAGUGAAGCGACUGCGCAGGAUAGGAUCAAUAGACGCGAAGGCCAUUUUUACAAAGGUAUUCGAAACGUUGAGUCAUCAGAGGUAGAGAAGGGAAGUGUAAAGAGAACUUCAAAGACGACUGCUGAUAAUAGUGAUUGGCAUUUUGCACCAGUUGACUUUGAUCAUAUCAUCCUUGAUGGCUUACAGUCCAUUGAAGAAAAUGCUAGGAAAGUUAUACUGGUUCUGAAUUCUGAACGUCGAUGA